AUUGUACGAAUUUGCCAAAAAAGAAUAAAGAAACAAAUAGCUAGAAUGCAUUGCCGUUUGGUACAGUGACACAAAAUCAUAUGUGAUCUCCGUCAACAAAUGAUCAGGCCACUGAAGUACAAUGCAGAUCCUAAUAUAUACUACUACAUAGAAGUGCACUGCAAGUGAACCAGACAAAGUUGCAGACUAUGAAGAGCCGGAGCCUCCCCGCGGCGGUUGCCGCCGCCAUCAUCUUCUUCCUCUCCACCGGGGCCCUACCGGCGGCAUCGGCCAUUGUCGAGCACACCUUCGUUGUGAGCCAGGUGAAAAUGGAGCACCUGUGCAAGGAGACGCUUGUGACCGUGGUGAACGGGCAGCUCCCGGGGCCGGCGAUAGAGGUCACAGAGGGAGACUCGGUGGCCGUUCAUGUCAUCAACAAAUCACCAUACAAUAUAACAAUCCAUUGGCAUGGAGUGAAGCAGUGGCUGAACUGUUGGGCUGACGGGGUGCCGAUGAUUACCCAGCUCCCCAUCCUUCCGAACCACAACUUCACCUACCGGCUCAACAUCACCGGGCAAGAAGGCACCCUGUGGUGGCAUGCUCAUGUCGCCUUCCUCCGAGCAACCCUGCACGGCGCUUUCAUCAUCCGGCCGAGACACGGAGCCAGCUCGUACCCUUUUCCUAAGCCUCAUAGGGAGAUCCCCAUCAUUAUAGGGGAUUGGUGGGAGCUGGACCUUGCACAGGUGGGCUGGAACAUGGCGCACGGUUUCUUGUUUUAUUUCGCCAGUGCAUCCACAAUCAAUGGCAAGCUUGGAGAUCUCUUCAAUUGCUCCGGGGUCGCGGAAGAUGGCUACGUGCUGGACGUGGAGCCCGGCAAGACCUACCUGCUCCGAGUAAUCAACGCUGCGCUCUUCUCAGAGUACUACCUCAAGAUCGCCGGGCACAAGUUCACGGUGGUCGCCGCCGACGCCAACUAUGUCAGCCCCUACACCACGGAUGUCAUCGCCAUCGCGCCCGGCGAGACGGUGGACGCCUUGGUGGUCGCCGACGCGCCCCCCGGAAGGUACUACAUGGUCGCUAAACCCAACCAGGCGCCAUUGCCUGACACCCAGACCCCAGAGUACACCACGAGAGGAAUGGUGCAGUACAGCAACAGCAAUAGCCACGGUGCAAUGCAGAGAUCAAGCCGCGGUGCCGAAGAAGAAGGAGAUGGAGGUCCAUCUGGUGAUGUGCCAGUAGCACCUGAGAUGCCUGACACGCACGACACAAUUACAUCGUUCUACUUCCACGGCAACCUAACCAGUCUACGCCACCGACAGAGCUCGCUAGUGCCGGUGCGAGUUGACGAGCGCCUGUUCUUAGUGCUCGGACUGGGCUCUAUCUGCCGCAAAGGCCAGUCCUGCAAGAGAGGCAACACUAACGAGACUAUCCCCUCGGCGACCAUGAACAACGUCUCCUUCCAGUUCCCCGCGAUGACGACACCACUGCUAGAAGAACACUACUACCACACCGAUGGCAUGGGCACGCUACAAGAACUUCCCAAUAGGCCGCCAAGGGCGUUCAACUUCACCGACCCCGCCUUGAUUCCGUUUGGACCCAAGGAGGAACGGCUAGAGCCGACGUCCAAGGCAACGAUGGUGCGGCGGUUCCGGCACGGCGCCGCGGUGGAGAUGGUGUUCCAGAGCACAGGGAUUAUGCAGGGCGACUCCAACCCGAUGCACCUACACGGCCACGACAUGUUCUUGCUCGUGCAGGGUCUCGGCAACUACGAUGCAUCGAAGGACGUGGCAACGUACAAUCUAGUGAAUCCGCUGGUGAAGAACACUGUGCUCGUCCCGAAUCUUGGGUGGGCUGCCGUCCGAUUUGUCGCCAACAAUCCAGGGGUAUGGUUCAUGCAUUGCCACUAUGAGUUCCAUUUGUCGAUGGGUAUGGCUGCAGUGUUUAUUGUGGAGGAUGGGCCAACAGUAGACAAGUCCCUGCCGCCACCGCCUGCGAAUUUUUUGACAUGUGGCCAUGAUGAUAAUCUCGUGCCAGAUGAAUUAUACCUCCAAACUAAGAAAAGUGGAGUGUCCUGGAUAAAUGGAGUCUAAAAUAUAACUCUGAGCACUAUUUUCCAAUAAACGAAAUGCACUUUUGAAUUAUGAAUGUGUGCUUUGAGAUUAAAUGUACCCAUAUAAUUUUCAUGUAACCGGUCUUAGAGUGCAGUGUUGUUCGGCGCAAACGAGCAAGUACUUUACUCUCUCAAACUCAUGUUCGUUUCAAGACAUUUUAAGCUUUAAUACAUGUCUACGUGGUACUCAUUUCUUUGGGGAUGAUGUGAAUCGGUAUGU